AUGGAUGGCAAAGAUGCCUAUGAACAAAUCCAUAUUGAACCAGCUCAUGUAGAGCGAACCGCUGUUACGACUCCUGAUGGGAAUAUGGUCAGCCAAGUCAUUCAAAUCGGUGAUUGCAAUGCGCCUGCUACUUAUCAGGCGCUAAUGAAUCAUAUUUUUUCGACCUUCAUUGGUAGAUUUAUGGAUAUCUACCUGGAUGACAUUAUUGUCUACUCGGACACUCUAGAUGACCAUAUUGAGCAUGUUAAGUCUAUCCUUGAUGUCCUCAAGGAUGAGAAGCUCUACCUUAGCAAGAAUAAAUUACAUUUUCUUGAACCUGAGCUCAAGAUCCUUGCACGGAUUGUCACGGAUGAUGGCAUCCGGAUGGAUCCAGACAAGGUCGAUUCAGUUAUCAAAUGGAAAACCCCUACAAACCGAGACUUAUUGAGAGGUUUCCUGGGGUCUGUAGGCUAUCUGGCGAUGAUAUUCCGAAUGUUCGGAUACCAAUGGCAGUACUUCAUGCCUUGA